CGGAUUGCUCAUCCGAUCCGUACAGCCGCAGCGAGUGUGUCAAGUUACAGAGGCGCCGGAAUCGGCCCCAGUGCUCCUCCGCAGCGGCCACGACCCACCGCUGCCCAUGGGGCCCUCUAUGUGCGCCCCUUUGGCCUGGGACUGAAACUGAUUCGCCCGGGAGAUGCGAGACACCAGGACGGACCGACACCGCGAGAUAGAUACCUGAAGGGAAAGGCGCGGCGGAGAGGAGAGCCGGCCAGCUUCCCUUAACUUUUCCUGGACUUAGAGCAUUCUUCCAAGUAAUUUUUUCCUCACUUGGUGUACCCCAGUUACCAUCGGUUGUGUUUUUCGCCUUUUUCCCUCUCUUGCUGAUUUUUCGGUCCGCUUUGCCGGGAGCAAAGGAAAGGGACGUUAUCCAGCGGCACAGCCCUUUCCCCCUGCCCCGCAGUCUGGAUCGCGCCGUUUGGCAGCGGCUCGCGCCUUUAUUUAUUCUAUUUAUUUAUUUAUUGGUUCUCAAGACGCGAGGGGAUGGUAGCCGAGAGCGCCGGUAAAGCCGCAGCUGCGGGUGCCCGCAGCCGGGAGGAGCUGGGCGCGCCGAGGACGGUGGCGCCGGCGGAGCGCUGCGCGCGGCUGCCAAGCCCGGGGUCGUGCUGUCUGCUGGCGCUGGCCUUGUGCUCGCUGGCGCUCAGCCUGCUCGCCCACUUUCGCACCACCGAGCUGCAGGCCCGGAUGCUGCGCCUGGAAGCCGAGCGCGGGGAGCAGCAAAUGGAGACGGCUAUUUUGGGACGAGUCAACCAACUGCUGGACGAGAAAUGGAAGCUUCACUCACGGAGGCGCCGGGAGACCCUGAACACGUCUCCAGGGUGUAACUGCCCACCAGGACCUCCUGGUCCCACUGGAAGACCUGGACUCCCGGGAGACAAAGGUGCCAUCGGGAUGCCUGGACGGGUGGGAGUAAAGGGCCACCCAGGCGAGAAGGGAACCCCAGGAGAUGCUGGCAUGUCCAUCAUUGGCCCCCGCGGUCCCCCUGGUCAGCCGGGCACUCGAGGUUUUCCUGGAUUUCCGGGUCCCAUUGGGCUAGACGGCAAACCGGGCCACCCCGGACCGAAAGGGGAGAUGGGUCUGAUGGGUCCCCGAGGACAACCGGGACCUCAAGGACAAAAAGGAGAAAAGGGUCAUUGUGGAGAGUACCCCCACCGGGAGUACCUAAGCAGCACUCUAGCAGCUCUGCACGCCAACCAGAUAUCUACUCUGAAGGGUGAACAGGGCCAGGCUGGCAUCCAAGGCCCACCAGGGCCGCCAGGCCCCCCCGGACCGAGCGGACCACUGGGGUACCCAGGACGGCCAGGGGCCAUGGGGCCUCCCGGCUUACCUGGGCCUCCUGGACCGAAGGGCGACCCUGGGAUCCAGGGCUAUCACGGCCGGAAGGGAGAACGGGGCAUGCCGGGGAUGCCGGGCAAACAAGGAGCAAAGGGGCUUCCCGGAAUAGCCGUGGUUGGGAUGAAGGGUGAUCCAGGGAUCCCCGGAGCCAAGGGAGACCCAGGAGCAGCAGGGGAGCCAGGGCCCCCAGGUUUGCCGGGAAGGAGGGGGCAGAGGGGCGAGAAGGGGACUGCAGGCUACCCGGGGCUCCCCGGCCUCCUCGGACUCAAGGGAGAGAAAGGCGACGCUGGCAACUCCAUUGGAGGAGGCAGAGGGGAACCCGGCCCCCCAGGACUCCCUGGGCCCCCAGGGCCAAAGGGAGAAGCUGGUAUCAGUGGCCAGACUGGCCCCCCAGGAUGGCGAGGAGACAAGGGGGAGCCAGGAGCAGCUGGACAACAGGGACCAGCUGGCCCCAAGGGCUCCAAGGGAGAACCAGGGAAAAGGGAGAUGGUGGAUUACAAUGGAAACAUCAACGAGGCACUCCAGGAGAUCCGAACGCUGGCCUUGAUGGGCCCCCGUGGUCUUCCAGGGCAAAUCGGCCCUCCUGGAGCUCCGGGGAUUCCAGGCCAGAAGGGGGAGAUCGGCCUGCCAGGCCCUCCAGGGCAUGACGGGGAAAAGGGGCCUCGAGGCAAACCAGGAGACAUGGGCCCUCCAGGUCCCCAAGGACCCCCGGGAAAGGAUGGGCCUCCAGGAAUGAAGGGAGAACACGGAUACUUGGGGAGACCAGGAGAGAAGGGCGAGAAAGGGGAGAUGGGACAAGCAGGCUCACCGGGUCUAGACGGCCCCACUGGGGAGAAAGGAGAACCAGGUGACCCAGGGAGACCCGGAGCGGCAGGAUCGCCUGGCCCAAUUGGGCUCCCGGGAUUCACAGGAGAGAAAGGAGAACCCGGGAAGAAGGGGGACCCAGGAGUGGAGGUUCCUGGGUCUCCAGGGCCAGAGGGGCCUCCUGGACCUCCGGGGAUCCAAGGUGUUCCUGGACCAAAGGGGGAAGCAGGACUAGAUGGAGCAAAAGGAGAGAAGGGUGACCAGGGAGGAAAAGGAGACCGAGGUCCUCUGGGAUUGCCAGGCACUCCAGGACCAAUUGGAGCUCCCGGCCCAGCGGGACCAAAGGGCGAGAGGGGCAACAAAGGCGACCCUGGGAUGACAGGACCAACAGGAGCAGCUGGGCUUCCUGGUUUACACGGACCACCCGGGGACAAAGGACACCGGGGGGAGAGGGGGAAGAAAGGCUCUAGAGGGCCUAAAGGGGAUAAGGGAGACCAAGGAGCACCUGGAUUAGAUGCCCCCUGCCCAUUGGGUGAAGACGGCUUACCAGUCCAAGGCUGCUGGAACAAGUGAUGCCUCUAACUUGGAUUGGCCUGUGUGUGGUUUUGUGCAUAAAUAUUUAUUUUUAUACAGUUUUCACUUUUUUGAAAAUGCCAGAAGUAUGAUGCAUCUUACAGAUUAUUAAAAAAAAAAAGCCUGAAUAUUUUGUAAAGAAGAUAUCAACCUCUUCCCCUUUGUUUACAA